GUGUGAGAGGAAGACACAGAAACCAAAGUUGACCUCAAAGAAUCAUUCAGGCAACAAGUUAACAAACAACUAGGUGAAGAUGCUGGGGAAGCCAGAAAAAAGCGAGGUGCUUGAACCAGUGGCUGAACUAUGUUGCCACGUGCAAGAGGACAACAGAUCUCGCAGAGAGCACUUUUCGGCUGAAUGGGUGGACACUGCCAUGUUCUGCAGACCAGAAGAAAGAUGGAAUGCCAAUGAUGCAGAUGUUUGCAGAAGGGAGAGUUUUCGACAGCAGGGUCAGACCCGAUUCCUGGUCCAGCGUUGUCCAACUCAGGUCAUGAGGAUGGGCCGUCUGGGUCAACCCCUAAAACAAUACCGGCUGCCCUACCAGCGUGUGUUGCCCAUACCUAUCUUUAAACCAACAGACCUCAGCACCAAAAUGGAACGGAAUGCCACUCCACCACAGCUCCGUGGCUUGAUUGAGUUCGAGAGGGCACUUAGUCACCCCGGCAAUGAUGGGCUAUGCCAGGACAAGAUACCCGUCUCUCACAUCACCAAGGAGCUGCCGCCAGUCAUGCAGCCGGCUCGCAUGGAUUUUGAAAAGCCUGGCCUGGCACGUUCCUUUUCGAGGUCCAUAUCUCAGGAAGCCCAAAGGGGCUAAGGGACUAAGGGGGACACGCAGAGCGAUCCAAGCCCUCCAGAUCUACUAACCUUAGAAUGGCCAGAUUAGAAUGCAGUGUGUGUCUGCAUUAUGUUUGCACUAGAAUGUUAGCGACUGUGUUUAACUGGUUUUAAAGCAUAAGGUCAG